AAGGCUUGUGUUAGACUGUAAUCCCUCAGAGGAAGUUUGGCUGUGCAGCGCAGAUGUCGGAGGCACUAAGACCCAGGAGGCUCCUGCCUUGUUGGCUGGAGCAGGGCAGGCUGUGCAUGUACAGAGGGAAGGAAGUCAUUAGUGCAGGCUGAGCCGUGGAGUUUGGGGCUCUUGCUGGAUUUCCCCACCAGUAUGUAACUUUGUCCUUGUGGCAGUUUUUUGUGGGCAGAAUUGGGCACCCAGGCAAGGCUGCUCCUUACACUGCAGGGUCUGUAGGGCAUGUUCUCCUGAUACACCUUUGGAAUUUACUUCGUGAAAAUUUGACUGAAGCAGAAAUGAAUCCCGGAGUUGGGAAUUCUUCCAGGCUGCGUGUGAGGGAAUCAUUGGUUUGAUCUUUGUUAGCAGAGUAGCUUGGAUGGCAGCGGGAGUGUGUGUGUGUGUGUGCUGAUUUCCUGCAGGAGAGAGAAUUGCAGCUCCUACUUCACCAAGGCUCUUCCCUGAAGGAGAAUCCCUAUUCUAGGGAUCCACAAGGCUGCAGGUCUCCCUGGAGAAUGACCUGUCCAGGCAGUGGAGUUGCGGCUUCUGGGACUUCCUGAUGGGCAGGGUUUUUAUGGCAUUUCCACCAGUUUUUCUUGAGUUAAAUUCCAAGAGACUCGAGACUUUUCCCCUUUUUCUGGCUCUGUAAUUUCCUUCUCCAGUGACUAUGGCAAAGAUUUAAAGGGGCAGGACAGAGGCAGCAUGACUUGCAGCUGCAGCUUCCCUGCAUCCGCCACCAGCAUCCAGACAAUAUCUUGAUGCUCAACGUUUCUGCUUUACAAAUAUGAUGAAAUGGCAGCCCCGGAAGAAGGCGUACUUCCGACAGGGUGUUGCCCUUCAGUACCUUGGACGCCAUGCAGACGCACUGGCAGCAUUUGCAUCUGGGCUGGCUCAGGAUCCCAAGAGUCUGCAGCUUCUUGUUGGGAUGGUGGAAGCCGCCAUGAAAUCUCCCAUGCGAGAGUCACUCGAGCCAACCUAUCAGCAACUUCAGAAGAUGAAGCUGGACAAGAGCCCCUUUGUGGUGGUAUCGGUGGUUGGCCAGGAGCUCCUGACUGCAGGCCACCAUGGUGCUUCUGUGGUUGUGUUAGAAGCUGCCCUGAAGAUCGGCACUUGCAGCUUGAAGCUGAGGGGAUCAGUGUUCUCUGCUCUGAGCAGUGCUUACUGGUCUCUUGGGAACACAGAGAAAAGCACAGGAUACAUGCAGCAGGACUUGGAUGUAGCCAAGACAUUAGGUGACCAGAUGGGAGAAUGCCGAGCUCAUGGGAAUCUGGGCUCCGCAUUCUUCUCCAAAGGAAAUUACCGGGAGGCCCUUACUAACCACAGACAUCAGCUGGUGCUCGCCAUGAAACUCAAGGACAGAGAGGCAGCUUCCUCAGCUCUGAGCAGCCUGGGCCAUGUGUACACAGCCAUUGGUGAUUACCCCAAUGCACUGGCUAGUCACAAGCAGUGUGUUCUCCUUGCAAAGCAAUCCAAAGACGAGCUCUCGGAGGCCCGCGAGCUGGGUAACAUGGGGGCAGUGUACAUUGCUAUGGGGGACUUUGAGAAUGCGGUGCAGUGCCACGAGCAGCACCUGAAGAUUGCCAAGGAGCUGGGGAACAAGCGGGAGGAGGCACGAGCCUAUAGCAACCUGGGCAGCGCCUACCACUACCGGAGGAACUUUGACAAGGCCAUGUCCUACCACAAUUAUGUGCUGGAGCUGGCUCAGGAACUGGCCGAGAAAGCCAUUGAGAUGCGGGCCUAUGCUGGCCUGGGCCAUGCUGCCAGGUGUAUGCAAGAUCUGGAGAGGGCCAAGCAGUACCAUGAAGAACAGCUGGGCAUUGCUGAGAGCCUGCAGGACCGAGCUGCUGAGGGCAGAGCCUCUUCCAAUCUAGGGAUCAUUCACCAGAUGAAAGGCGACUAUGACUCUGCCCUGAAACUCCACAAGACUCACCUCUCCAUCGCCCAGGAGCUGAAUGACUAUGGUGCGCAGGGCAGGGCCUACGGCAACAUGGGCAAUGCGUACAAUGCCCUGGGCAUGUAUGACCACGCUGUGAAAUAUCACCGGCAGGAGCUGCAGAUUUCUAUGGAAGUGAAUGAUCGGGCCUCGCAGGCAUCCACCCAUGGGAACUUAGCAGUGGCAUAUCAGGCCUUAGGCGCCCACGACCGAGCCCUGCAGCACUACCAAAACCACCUCAACAUCGCCCGGGAGCUGCGGGACAUACAGAGCGAGGCCCGGGCCCUCAGCAACCUGGGCAACUUCCAUUGCUCGCGAGGAGAGUACGCACAGGCAGCCCCUUACUAUGAGCAAUACCUGCGCCUGUCCCCUGAGCUGCAGGACAUGGAGGGGGAGGGGAAAGUUUGCCACAACCUUGGCUAUGCCCAUUACUGCCUUGGGAACUAUGAGGAGGCUGUAAAGUACUACGAGCAGGAUCUCGCCUUAGCAAAGGAUCUACACGACAAGCUGAGCCAAGCCAAGGCCUACUGCAACUUGGGCCUGGCGUUCAAGGCCUUAAUGGACUUCAGCAAAGCCGAGGAGUGCCAGAAGUAUCUGCUGUCUCUGGCCCAGUCUCUGAACAAUUCCCAAGCCAAAUUCCGGGCUCUUGGGAAUCUGGGAGAUAUUUUUGUAUGUAAAAAAGAUGUAAAUGGUGCAAUAAAAUUCUAUGAGCAGCAGCUGAGCUUAGCCCAUCAUGUCAAAGACAGGAGAUUGGAGGCCAGUGCCUAUGCAGCCUUGGGUUCUGCAUACAAGAUGAUACAGAAAUAUGACAAGGCCUUGGGGUACCAUACACAGCAACUGGAGGUUUACCAGGAACUAGGGGAUAUGCCGGGUGAAUGCAGAGCUCAUGGCCACCUUGCUGCAGUGUACAUGUCCCUUGGGAAGUAUACCAUGGCAUUCAAGUGUUAUGAAGAACAGCUGGAACUUGGACAGAAGCUGAAGGACCCCAGUAUAGAGGCCCAAGUCUAUGGUAACAUGGGCAUCACCAAGAUGAACAUGAAUGUCAUGGAGGAAGCUAUUGGCUACUUUGAGCAGCAACUGGCCAUGCUACAGCAGCUGAGUGGAAACGAAGCUGUGCUGGACAGAGGCCGGGCAUACGGAAACCUGGGGGAUUGUUAUGAGGCUCUAGGAGAUUAUGAAGAAGCCAUAAAGUAUUAUGAACAGUACUUAUCUGUAGCUCAGAGUUUAAAUCGCAUGCAAGACCAGGCGAAGGCCUAUCGGGGCCUGGGAAAUGGACACAGGGCAAUGGGAAGUUUGCAGCAGGCUCUCGUGUGCUUUGAAAAGAGGCUAGUGGUGGCCCAUGAGCUCGGGGAGGCGUUCAACAAAGCCCAAGCCUAUGGGGAGCUGGGGAGUCUGCACAGCCAAUUAGGAAAUUAUGAGCAAGCCAUCUCCUGCCUGGAACGGCAGCUAAACAUCGCCCGAGAAAUGAAAGACCGGUCUCUGGAGAGCGAUGCUGCCUGCGGCCUGGGGGGAGUCUAUCAGCAAAUGGGCGAGUACGACACGGCACUGCAGUACCACCAGCUGGACCUGCAGAUUGCAGAAGAGACCAACAAUCCUACAUGCCAGGGCAGGGCCUAUGGGAACCUGGGAUUAACGUAUGAGUCUCUGGGCACCUAUGAGAGGGCAGUGGUUUAUCAGGAGCAACAUCUCAGCAUUGCAGCUCAAAUGAACGACUUGGUGGCCAAAACUGUGUCCUAUAGCAGCCUCGGGAGGACACACCAUGCCUUGCAGAACUACUCUCAAGCUGUGAUGUACUUGCAGGAAGGACUGAGGCUUGCAGAACAGCUGGGGCGUAGAGAAGAUGAAGCCAAAAUCCGCCAUGGCCUGGGCCUCUCCCUCUGGGCUAGUGGGAACCUGGAGGAGGCCCAGCACCAGCUCUAUAGGGCGUCGGCACUGUUUGAAACCAUCCGCCACGAGGUGCAGCUGAGCACAGACUACAAGCUAUCGCUCUUUGACCUGCAGACAUCAUCCUACCAGGCCCUGCAGCGAGUGCUCGUCAGCCUUGGCCACCAUGACGAAGCCCUGGCUGUGGCAGAAAGGGGGCGAACAAGAGCAUUCGCUGACUUGCUGGUGGAACGUCAGACUGGACAGCAGGACUCUGACCCCUAUUCGCCCGUCACCAUUGACCAGGUUCUGGAGACUGUGAAUGGCCAGAGGGGACUUGUUCUCUACUACUCGCUGGCUGCCGGCUACCUGUACAGCUGGUUGCUUGCUCCUGGGGCAGGAAUUCUGAAGUUUCAUGAAUACUAUCUGGGUGACAGCAUGGCAGAGAAUGCCGGGGACAUCCAUGAAGCAAGCAGCGUGGGCUUCCAAACGGUUACCAAUUCAGCACUGGAGCUCCACAUCUCAAGUGUACGAGAGGCACUGGGCGUGGACUCCUACUAUACCCGAGCCUGUGCCAGCAGCGAGACAGAGAGUGAAGCUGGGGACAUCAUGGACCAGCAGUUUGAGGAGAUGAACAAUAAGUUGAACUCAGUAACUGAUCCAACCGGCUUCCUGCGAAUGGUCAGCAGGAAUAACCUCUUCAACAGGAGCUGUCAGAGCAUGACCAGUCUGUUCAGCAGCACCAUGUGUCCUGCUAAGGAUGGAACAUCCUCUCUUCCCAGGAGGCAGAGCACCUUCUCCAAACCCCCGCUACGUGCGCUCUAUGACCUGUUGAUAGGGCCCAUGGAAGGGGGUCUGAUGCAUUCCAGUGGUCCAGUUGGCCGCCAUCGCCAGCUGAUACUAGUUCUAGAGGGAGAACUGUACCUUAUCCCCUUCGCUCUCCUGAAAGGAAGUUCCUCGAAUGAGUACCUCUACGAGCGCUUCAGCCUCAUCGCAGUACCAUCCAUCCAGUCACUGAACCCCAGUUCCAAGUCCCUUUUGAAGAAGAAUGCUCCUGCUUAUUCCAGUUCUACCUCAAUGGCAGCUGUCAUAGGAAAUCCCAAACUCCCUGCAGCAGUGAUGGACAGAUGGCUUUGGGGGCCUAUGCCCUCUGCAGAAGAAGAGGCCUAUAUGGUAUCUGAAUUACUUGGCUGCCAGCCUCUGGUUGGCAACGUGGCAACGAAAGAGAGGGUCAUGAGCGCACUCACUCAGGCAGAGUGUGUCCAUUUUGCAACCCAUGUGUCCUGGAAGCUGGCUGCCUUGGUCCUAACGCCCAACGCUGACAGCAACCCAGCCAGUAGCAAGAGCUCCUUUGGGAAUCCCUACACAAUUCCAGAAUCCCUCCGGAUGCAGGAUGAUGCCAGUGAUGUGGAGAGUAUCUCAGACUGCCCUCCUCUCCAGGAGUUCCUGCUCACAGCAGCCGACGUUCUGGAUCUGCGGCUUCCUGUCAAAUUAGUGGUUUUCGGCUCCUACCAAGAAUCCAACAGUAAAGUCACUGCUGAUGGGGUCGUUGGCUUGACACGGGCAUUCCUGGCUGCUGGGGCUCAGUGUGUCUUGGUGUCACUCUGGCCUGUUCCUGUGGCCGCUUCGAAAAUGUUUGUGCAUGCCUUCUAUGCCUCCCUCCUGAAUGGAAUGAAAGCCAGUGCAGCCCUCGGAGAGGCCAUGAAAACAGUGCAGAGCAGCAAGCAGUUCUCCCAUCCAUCCAACUGGGCAGGCUUCAUGCUCAUUGGGAGUGAUGUGAAGCUUAACAGCCCUUCCUCACUAAUUGGACAGGCCCUGACAGAGAUUCUGCAGCACCCGGAGAGAGCACGAGAUGCCCUGAGAGUCUUGUUACAUCUGGUGGAGAAAUCACUGCAGCGAAUCCAGAAUGGGCAGCACAAUUCCAUGUACACCUCUCAGCAGAGCGUGGAGAAUAAAGUUGGUGGCAUUCCAGGCUGGCAGGCACUACUCACUGCUGUGGGGUUUCGACUUGACCCUCCCGCUAGUGGUCUUCCAGCUGCAGUGUUCUUCCCGACUUCAGACCCCGGUGAACGGCUACAGCAAUGCAGCACCACCAUCCAGUCCCUCCUAGGUUUGCCUAACCCAGCACUUCAGGCACUUUGCAAACUUAUUACUGCUUCAGAGACUGGAGAACAGCUUAUCAAUCGGGCUGUUAAAAAUAUGGUGGGAAUGCUACAUCAGGUCUUGGUUCAACUCCAAGCAGGAGAGAAGGAGCAGGAUUUCUCCUCUGCACCGAUCCAGGUUUCCAUCAGUGUCCAGCUCUGGAGGCUUCCUGGCUGCCACGAGUUUCUGGCAGCCUUAGGUUUUGACCUUUGUGAAGUUGGGCAGGAGGAGGUGAUACUGAAAACUGGGAAACAAGCUAAUAGGAGGACCAUGCACUUUGCUCUCCAGUCCCUGCUGGCACUUUUUGAUUCUACAGAGUUGCCCAAACGUCUUAGCCUGGACAGUUCCUCAUCACUGGAAUCACUGGCUUCUGCUCAGUCCAUUUCCAACCCAAUGCCUUUGGGCUAUCAGAACCCUCCAUUCUCUCCUACUUGUCCAGACAGUAUUGCAUCAGACGCCAUUUCUGUGUACAGCCUGAGCUCUAUCGCUUCUUCAAUGAGUUUUGUUUCCAAGCCAGAGAGCACAUCAGAAAGUGCAGGGCACAGAGGGCGACAGGACUAUGAAAGGCCUAAGAAUGUCUGUCCGCAAAGGUCCUCUGUGCCACGGAGCCAGCUGUCUCCACAGACCAAUGCUGCAGCCAGCAAAGACAAUGAGGAGUAUGAAGGAUUUUCUAUAAUCAGCAAUGAGCCUAUGGCAACUUAUCAAGAAAAUAUAAAAUCAAGAUUUUCCCCUGAUCACAAACAAUCCAAAGCUGGUCAGUCUAGCGGGAUUAAAGUUUCUGUCAGUUCCAAAGGGAGCAUAAGUACCCCAAAUUCCCCUGUUAAAAUGACUCUUAUUCCCAGUCCAAACUCACCUUUCCAAAAAGUUGGAAAACUUGCUAGUUCUGAUACUGGAGAAUCUGACCAAUCUAGCACUGAAACUGACAGCACUGUCAAAUCCCAAGAGGAGAACAAUCCAAAGCUUGAUCCACAAGAGUUGGCCCAGAAAAUUCUGGAGGAGACGCAAAGUCACCUUAUUGCUGUUGAACGUCUUCAAAGAAGCGGCAGUCAGAUGAGCAAGAAGAACUCGGAAGAUGGAGCAGCAGCUGGUGCUUCUGUAUUCAGAGCCUCAGAGACCAGUGCGUUCAGUAGGCCACUGAGCUCCAGUCAGAGGAGUCAUCCUUCACCAGUUACAAUUAAACCAAAGCCUCCAACAAGGAGCUCAUCCCUUCAGAAGGUGAGUUCCGGAUAUAACAGCCCCACAACAUCGGAGAUGUCCAACAAAGACGGCACAGGCCCAUACAGUGGGCAGCCUUCUCCAAGUUCUGACUCUCAUGGCUCGUUAACUGAACAGUCUCACUUUAAACUCAAGUACCCUAGCUCUCCUUACAGCGCUCAUAUUUCUAAAUCUCCCAGAAAUAUCUCCCCAAGCUCAGGACAUCAGUCUCCCGUGGGCAGCACCCCCUCUCCUGCUCUCUCUUACUCCUCAGCUGGUUCUGCUCGCUCCAGCCCCGCCGAUGCCCCAGAUAUAGACAAAUUAAAAAUGGCUGCCAUCGAUGAAAAGGUGCAGGCCAUCCACAACCUGAAAAUGUUUUGGCAGAGUACUCCCCAACAUUCCACAGGCCCCAUGAAAAUUUUCCGAGGAGCUCCUGGAACAAUGACUGCUAAGAGAGAUGUUCUCAGCUUGCUGAACUUAUCUCCACGGCACAGCAAAGCCGAAAGUGCAGACAAGCUGGAACUUAAGGAGUUAUCUAUUCAGCAACACCUUGCUUCUCCACAAAAGAAUCCUCCAAAUGGACACAGGCGCCCUGAAACUACCAAUGCAGUGACUUCAUCCCAUUCUCCACCUUCCAAUAGCAUUCCAGGAACGGUACGCCCCUUGAGGCUGCCAUCUGGAAAUGGUUAUAAAUUUUUGUCACCAGGGAGAUUUUUCCCUUCCUCCAAAUGUUGAAAUGUCUUUUGUACCAGUUGAUUCAACUUGCAAUCACGUAAAGGUUCUCAGUAUUUGCUUCUACCCACUUGCCUUGAUCAAUACAAAACCACAGAAUAUUACCCGAGAAGCCAUGGUCACAUCCACGAUUAGGAGUGCUGAGUAAUGAGACAAAUUAGCCUGGCACAGUGCAUUACAGUAUAUGACAAGGGCCUUAUGCAAAUAGGUUUCAGUUCCUCUUGUCAGUACUUUGGCCAGACGCACCUGAUGACCGUUUUGUGUAGCGUUCACAGCUAAUUCUGUGCAAAAUGUUAGCCUUUAAACCACUUACAUGUAUUUCUUAUCCUGAAAGGAUGUUUACAGUUGGAUUUUUAUACAGAAUUUAUACAUAUCCAGGGAUUGGGGAAGGAGGCGAGACGAGGCAAAUCUUCCAUUUUAUGCCACAAGGAUAAUGCACACAACGUUCUGUCCAGAGAAGAAGUACAAGCCAUUGCUUUUAUGCUUCCAGGGGCUGCGCGGGGGAGUAGAUGAUGAUGUAACUUGGUGAAAUUGCUGUUAGCCAAAUGCAAGCAUAUGUGAGAAAAUGCUAGCAAUGUACAACUCCUUGGCAACAUUGUAUUGGUGAUUACAACACAUCGUUCUGGUGCUGUGCUGGUGACAUGCCGAUAAGGUAGAAAUGGAUGUUCCAUUCUUAAUUCCUCUUUCAGUUAAUUUUUUCUGAAGAAAUACCUUUUAGGCUGAAAUUUCCAUUGAGUGAUCUGACCCCAAAAGAACAUUUUGGUAAGUAAUGAACAAAAUCCCAUAUCUGAGUAGUGGGAGAGUGACAGAUACAAGUUCUGGUUUUACAAAGUGAUACCUUUGUUGCACAUAAUUUUACAGGGGUAGGUUUUUCAUAUUGGCAGGUAGCUGGUCAGCAUUAAACUUUUCUGUUUAAUUCUGAAAACGAAAGGGAGAUGCACAGUGAAUGUGAGAGAGGGUUACGCAGUAUGCAGGUCCUCAGCAUGCAGAAAUCAGACAUUGACAUGUGAUCUAGUGAUCACAUGUUCAGGGAGCUCUCUCCAUUACUGCUAGAUCUUCCCAAGCGUCUUCCCAAUCUCUUUCCCUGUUAUCUUGCUUUCAGGGCCAAUAUAUGCAAAUUAAAUAGGUCUGUGUCAUUGUGCAAGCAGACCGCACAUGGGAUGGAAAGUGCAAACUGACUGCACAUUAAAAUCUAUGCAUCUGGGCCUGUUAACCCCUUCUCCCUGGGCCAAGUGGGAAAGCCAGGAGCACUCCUGCAGCUAGGAGGGGAGGACAGGCUGGGCAACAGCCAACACAGAGUGAGGCAGAGCUAAGGCAGCUGGGAAUCAGGCUGGGGACACUUGUUGUUUUUAAAGAAGGCCAUUAAAUACAAACCACAGAGUUAAUGUAACAAAGACAGAAUUUACGUGCACUGAAGUCAGGACAUACACAACAACAUAAACUCAGCCACACUGCACAUCUAGCUCGAAGCAAAGUAUUACACAGGUAAUGUGCUGUGAGUUUUUGAGCAAGGAACAAAGUGAAGGCACCUGGCUUCUGCUCUAGACUCUUCCCCAAUUCACUGUGAGACUUUGGACUAGUCACUUCACCCCUCUGUGCCUGAGCGCCCCCAUCUGUCAAAUGGGGGUAGUAAUACUUACCUACCUACCUCACAGGGGUGUUGUGAGGCUUAAUUAAUUAGGCCUCGAUUUUUAGUUAGACUUCAACUCAGCUCCUGGUAUUGUGCUCUGUAGUAGAGGCCUAUCUACAUGAAUUAUGGGUGCAAUCAACUGGCUCAGCUUCUAGCUGGGCACAGCUGUAGAUGCAUAAAAUUGUGUCACCCAGACCCUGUUUGAAGCUCUAGGUCUUAACGUUUGUGUCACUCUUUGAAAUCCUGGAUGAAAGGUGCUACAGCAGUACAAAGCAUUAAAUUCUCAUGGCUAUAAUAUAAAAUACUGGCCCUGAUUAGCAUUUAAAAACCCUAUGGUUUGGAGAGAAAUGUUUGCCUUAUCACAACUGCAAGAAACUAAAUGCAAGCACCACAGAUACCAGAUGUCAGGGCAUGUGCAUGUAGACAGUUAACAGAGAGAGGGAUGAUCAUGAAACUUUCAGUGCAAAAGACCAGGAAGAGCUUAAUGCUCCACUUACACAUAUUAGAAAAUGUGGCAAAACAGUAAGCUAAAUCUAGUACACGUCUUACUAGAUGAAAAUUAUUUGGCUAUUGCAUUACAGCUUCCUAUGUGGGUGAAAUAAUAUAUUUUAUUGGCCCAACUUCUGUUGGUGAGAGAGAGAAGCUUUGAGCUCCACAGAGCUCUUCCUCAAAUCUGGGAAAGGUAUGAAAGCCAGGUCUAUACUACAGACUUAUAUUGGUAUAACUACAUCACUUGGGUGUGAAAUAUCCACACAUCCUGAGAGACAUAGUUAUACCCAAAUAUCCUGAGAGACAUAGUUAUACCAACCUAACCUCUCGCCCCCUUGUAGACAGUACUAUGUCAACGGGACAGCUUCUCCCAUUGACAGAACUACCACCUCUCAGGAAGGUGGAUUAGCUCUGCUGACACUUCUCCUGUCGGCACAGGAGUAUCUUCACUUAAGCACUACAGCAGCACAGUUGCAGUAUUUUAAGUGCAGACCUAAAAGUAUGACAGCUAAAUACAAGAUAGACUAGAUAGUUUAGUAUAAGCAAUUAGCACAUAUUUUAAGGGACUGUUCAUGGUGAAGUGGCCCAUUAACAACCCUGCUGCUGUAGCACAAAAAGGGGGGUUAGUGGGUUAUAGAUGGUUGUAAUAAGCCAUGAAUCCAGUGUCUCUGAUCAGUCCAGGAUUUUUAGUGUCUAGCAAAGUUAUGAAUUUAAGCUUCCAAGCUUGUCUUUUGAAAGUGUUGUGCAGGUUUCCUUUGAAGAUGAGGACUGAUAGGUCAGAUAUACAGCGAUCCCUUUGAAAAGUGUUCAUCCACAGGUGACAGGGUUUUUUUGUCCUUUAUCGUCUUCCUGUGUGAGUUCAUUGAGGAGCAUAGUGAUUGUCUGGUUUCACCCACGUAGUUGUUGUAAUUGUUGUUAAGGCAUUUAGUACACUAGAUGAGGUAAUUCAAAAAGACACGCCUGUGAACUUAAAUUCAUGACCUUCCUAGACACUGAAAAUACUGGCCUUAAAUAGACACUAGAUUUGUGGUUUAUUAUAACUAUCUGUAACCAGGCUACAUCUACACUACAAAUUACUUGGAUAUAAUUUACGUCGCUCAGGAGUAUGUCCUAUGUCUACAGGGGUGUUAACAGGUCGCUUCAACUUUGAAUGGUCCCUUAUAAUAUGUGCCAACUACUUAUGCGAAACUAUCUGUUCCAUCUUGCUGUGACACUCUUUGGGCUUGUCUUCAUGUACAGCAGUGCAGCUGUGCCGGCAUGAAGACAAGCCCUUAGGCUACGUCAACACUGUCAGCACAGUUGUGGUGCUAAAGCCUUGCCGCUGUAAGGCACGCAGUGUACCCACUCUGUGUGGGCAGGAGAGAGCUCUCCUGCCAUUGAGGGGCGGUAGCAUUGUCGGCGAGAGAGCAUGUCCCACAGACAAAGUGCUGUCCACACCAGCGCUUUUCGUUGGUAAAACUUUUAUUGGUCAGGUAUGUUUUUUUUCUCCACCCGAGCUACAAAAUUUUACAGACUAAAGUGCAGUGUAGACAUAGCCUUAGUACUUUUCCCAGACCUGAAGAACUCUGUGUAGCUUGAAAGCUUCUCUCUCACACCAACCGAAGUUGGUCCAAUAAACAAUAUGACCUCACCCACCUUGUUUUUCUAAUAUCCUGGGACCGACAUGGCUACAACACCACUGCCUUCAGCUUCCUAUGUGACAGUUUGGCCCAAGGGGUUAUCCUUUCUUAAUUAGCCCAGAAGCAUGAGAAUAAGGGGAAGAAAUACGUCAGUACAACAGCUAAGAAAUGUAAAUGACGACGAAGAUGUUGAUGAUGCAAAUUAAUUUAGCCACAUUUGUUCAGGCCACUGAGAGACCCCAUAGGUUCCACUCCAGUUCUACUCAACUUUACCAUUUCGGUACAACAUCUUAGAAACAUCAAGAUUGGAGGUGGGCAGGUUUUCAUUUACAUAACAGUACAUACUCCCUGCUGUGCUGCAUGAUAUGCCAGAAAUCCCCCCUAUAUAUGUUCCAUACAUGGUGCUAUAAUCAUACAGAACUGAUACAGUUCAAACGCUGUUAUUUUGGUACAGCCUAUUGUCACACCUCCAGAGGGCUUCAUACUAGCAACUGAACUUUCAGAAAAUCUGGAUCAGUAAAAAUGUAUUAAAGAGGAAAGUGAUUAGGGUGCAGAGAAGAGGGGAGUUCAGUAUUUGGGGAACUGGUGGUGUAUAAAUAUGGAUGAUUUGGGGACUGCAUUUCUAUGGACACAUGGCACUUCUACUGGUUUUACUGAGAACUGUGAACUUCACACAUUUCCUGCCUGCUCCUGGGCUGGAGACACCUCACAAACCCUCAAACCUCACUUCCCCGCCCCAUAGAUGAGAAAUGAUCAGAUUUGCCAUUUAUGUGGUAAAAUUCAGGAAGUGAAAAUAACGCAUUGUUCUCCUUUUGAUAUUAGAAUCCCUUCUGUGGAAGUUACAUGCGUUUGUCGUCGUAUUUGUGCAUGGUACAAGUGAUAACACUGCUUAAUAAGAGCAAUAAGAACUAGGUAUUAUCCACUUUCACGAUAAAUCUCCCACAUGCAAAAAAUAUCCCCAAGGCAACAGAAUAUAUUUUUGUUUAGUUUUGCCCAGUGUUUUACUGUGUGAAAUACUAAUUAUGAAUAUUUUGUUGACUGUCUUUAGCUAAAUGGAAAGAGCCAAAAGUCAAAUUUUGUCCUUAUUUCAUUAGGUGGCCUGAACGAGCCAGGUGCUGAGUCUCCUUUUUACCAGACCCUUAUUUAAACAAGAAAACAAAAAGGUUCAUAUUGAAAAACUGUUGAGGUAAAGGUAGCGAAGGGGACACUCCAACCACGAUCCUACCCCUCAGCGACAGUUCCCUUCAGCUGGUACCACUUUUUCACUAAACAUCUGUUUUAGGUUGUAGGGUAGGUACCAAGCUUGCAGAAAAUCUGCAUGCCCAUUUAAGAAGCACUGAUCACUUGAGGCUGGGUGACAAUGAAUUUGAGCGAUUUCAGUAAAUAUGGGAAUAUUGCAAUGCAUCUAUUCUGCCAUGUUGUCCAGAAAGGCUGUAUGUGUGUAUUGUGAACUGGGCUCUUAUGUUGCAGAAAUCUUGCAAAAGAACUUUGAAGAUGGUAACUCAAGGAGGACUAGUCAGCUAAGACCCUUCUCCCAUGCAGCAGCUCUUUAGCACUCACUCUCCUUGUAUGCAGUAUUAGCCAUGUUUGGCCUAUAUGGACUUUUUUGUAAAUUAAAACUCUGUUUCCAGACAGCAUUAAACAUUUUAUAUUACAAAAUUUACCAUGUAAAAAGAAUUUCAUAUUUUUAUUGAAAUUGCUAGGGCAUUUGGCCUUCUUUCUUUGUGAUUUCAGUGUCUAUUAAAGCAUGAGUUCUCUCAGUA